UUACGAAAACGAAUGCAAUAGGUUGUUUUGACGUUUACAGUUUUACUCACAAAGUUUUGAUACCGUUUACUGUGAUUCAUGUGAAUUGUUAUCAUAAUGUCGCCUCCGGCUGAAUUAAGUUUUGACGAAAUACUCAAGUUUAUGUUAGCUCACAAUGGCAAAGUCACAAAUCAUGAGUUAGUUAAACAUUUCAAAGUGUUUUUAAUGAACCCCGACAUGAGAGAUGAAGCGAGGAAUACGUUUAAAAAGCAUGUGAACGCGCUGGCUAUUAUUAAAAAUCAAAAUAACGAAAAAUGGUUGAUUUUAAAGAAAAAAUACAUGAACAACAGUGUUAAGGAAAACGAUGAAACCGUUGAAAAUAAAGCAAUGGAGCCACAGGCAGUGGCUUUAAAUGAAUCUUUAGAACCGAACGAUAGUAUAAGCCAACCACCAUAUCGGCCACCUCCACCACUCCAGCUCAACCAGGACUUUAAUAUCCUAACAAAUAUCAUACAAGACAUAUCAGUACAAACUCCUAAAGCAGUAGAGAUACCUGAAAGUGAGAGCAAAGAAAACCUGACAUUAAGUGAAGAGACACCCCCAAAAGUACAUCCUAGAAGGAAGUCAAUAGAACGAACAAUAUUGGAGAAGAGAUCAAGUAUACCAAGUUUGAAUAACAGUCCACGGAUGUCAAUUCCAAACGACUCUACCGAGAUGACUGAGUCACUGACAUUGACCUCAUCCCGUAGCGAAUGUAUGCUCCUAGAGAGUGAACAGAAAAUUUCAGUCAAGGAAAGAAAGCAAAUGUUUAACCGAAUGGCCUCAGAGAGUGAUGUUCUCAAAACACAAAAAUUAAGCUUCAACACAUCGAGUGUCGACGAAGAAGAUAGAUCAUCGCUGGAACCAAAAGAAACUGGGCCGUUAGAUCCUAAACAGAAGCAAUGGAUUCUGUGCGCGGCUAGGGGCGAGUACCACACCCUUGCUAAGAUGUGCAAGGAGAACGCUAAACUUGUUCGUACUAAGGAUCCAUUUACGUAUACCGCAAUGCACUGGGCUUGUAAGCGAGGUGACGAAAAUCUUGUAAAGCUGCUGGCAGGCAUCCAUCGUCACAUAGUAAACGAGCGCUCGAAUGGGGGAUACACGCCUCUACAUAUUGCGAUGAGAUUUCGACAUGAAAACGUUUAUAGACUUCUGGUUGAAGUAUACGAUGCCGAUCCCAAUGUGAGAGACUGGUCCGGAAAGAAACCACGUCAGUACUUAGUGCAUAUGGACACAUCUUUGUCGCCAGGGUCGUAUCGAAAAAAAGAAGGUUUCCUCCGAAUAGGGUCUCUAAACGUUCGUGUCAAGAAGACGACGGAAGCGUUCAGUAACUUUUUAGGAGUCGGAGCUACGAGGUCAUCGGCUUAUGUUCCUAAAUCAGCUCGAGACAGGGAUCUAGAUAGGCGGUCUGAUGACGGAGACCAAUUGCACAAGUCAUGGGGAUCAGCUGAUAAUAUACAGAAGGAUGAUAAACUGAUGCCUCCACCGAUGAGCAGUAAAGUCAGGAGACGUGGUGCCAGUGGAAGACGAGGGGUCGGGUCACAUAGUCGAAGCACACCUUCUACUCCUGAUCAGCCUCGAGCUCAAAUCGGCGUAAGUGAAGAAGGUGAUUCAGAUUCUGAUUCAGCGGCUGGUUUCCACGCAGCCUGGAGGCAACCACGAGGAUCUCAGAGUUAAAUCACCACCCAACCAACAACUACCAAUUGAUUAUCGAUAUACGCCUCAUCUGGAGCAGCAAGAUAACCUUACAGAAGAUCACAGCUAAGUGCUCCGGGGAGGGUUUGGGGGCUUACACUUGCAAUGGUGUUACAGUCGUUCAUAGGCUCCGGUAUCCGCCUACUAUAUCAGCCGGUAUAAUUUCUUACCAUUUUUAUAAUAAAAAAAAAAACUA